GAAAGCUGUUAAGAAGAAGAAGAAGAAGUACGAGGAACCCUUUGCGUGAGGCGAGGAGAAACUAUCGACAUAUGGCGGAAAGCUAGAGAGAAUGCUUCAUCUGUGGUCUUCAUUGAUGAAUUAGAGAUCCUGUUGGAAGGGAGCGUGGGUUAAUAAAGGGUUCUGGAGGACAAGAAAGGGAUGCCACUCUUAAUCAGCUCCUUGUUUCUUUAGAUGGUUUUGAAGGAAGGGGAGGGGAGAGGUCAUUACAAUCGCGUCCACAAACAGACCAGACAUUCUAGAUCCUGCUCUUGUGAGGCCUGGAAGGUUUGACCGCAAUAUUUGUUAUCCCUAUCUUCAGGUCCAUGCUCGUAGGAAGCCAAUGGCUGAAGAUUUGGACUAUAUGGCAGUUGCUAGCAUGACAGAUGGCAUGGUUGGAGCAGAGCUUGCCAAUAUCGUUGAGAUAGCAGCAACUAAUAUGAUUCGUGAUGGAAGAACAGAGUUAACAACAGAUGAUUUGCUUCAAGCUGCACAAAUAGAAGAAAGAGGAAUGUUAGAUAGAAAAGACAGAAUCUCCGAGACAUGGCGACAAGUUGCUAUAAAUGAAGCUGCUAUGGCUGUUGUAGCAGUGAACUUUCCUGAUAUGAAGAAUAUAGAGUUUAUGACUUUGACCAGCUUACAAUCAACCCUAGAGCUGGUAGAGAAUUGGGUUAUGAAGAUGGAUCAUAUCAUAUUUAAGGAAGGGAUGCUUAGCCGACAAUCCAUCUUGGAUCAUAUCACUGUUCAGUUAGCACCUCGAGCUGCAGGUGAACUAUGGUAUGGUGAGGAUCAGCGUCUUUUGAAUAAGCGGAAAGAAGCUUGGUGUCCGGGUCAAGGGUUGGAGGUAGCAUUGCUUCAAUCCAGAAGAGUGCAGCUCCAGAGGUCUUAUAUUUUGUAUAAACAUAAACCGGGGUGUCAGUUCUCUUGAUGAUAGUGAUGGAGAGGGGGAAAGUGAGUUUCAAGGGUAGUGCAGAGGAUUUAGACUGAAGCAAACGUGGUUAAAAUGAGAGCUGAUACUAAUGUUAGAAUGGAAGCAGUGCAAACUGGAAGCAUUUGAAACUGAGAUUGAGAUGAGAGUUGACGAUAAAGAAUAAGGAGAUGGGUGUAAUGGUUUCCGGAAGUGGGAAUGGCACUAGUAUACGAGAGAAUGAUAGUGAUUUUGAUAAUAAAGUUAAUAACAGAGAAGGAGUUACUUUACAUCCUCCUGUACUAUUUGUUCUAGCUAGCAACGAGGUUAAUGGGAGUUAGAAACAGAAUGAUGACAUCGGAUACUGAAAAUCUUCAAUUGGAGGACCUGAUGCUGAGAAAGCCCUUGAAGUGCUUAAACUGAAGAAAGGGGGUCAUCGGCUCGUACUGGAGGUAGAGGUUGAAAAAAAUGUCAAGAAUCAGUUUUUCAAAUGGGCUGGGAAAAGAAGAAACUUUCAGCAUGACUCGUCUACCUACAAUACAUGACGUCUGCACGUUUCCUUUGAAGAAGCUAGGCUCUACUGUGAGAUGUAUAGAGCGAUACAAGAGGUGGUCCGAAACAGAUUUGUGAACGCAUUGUGCCGAGCUAAGGUGGUUAGUAAAGCCUCCAUGAAUUAGAGCCAAAGACGUAGACCUCCAUCCUGGACGCUUCUCCUCACUCCUCCAAAGAAUAGGAGUAUAAGAGUUCCAGUAGUAUAACUCACAACGAUGCUGAGAUGAUGCUGUUCGGUCUCAGAGUUUUGAAGAUGGUCGUUGUUCCUGUGGAGAUUUCUGGUGGCCCUCAAGCUUUGAUUACUUCAGCUAAGCAUACGACUGGGUUUCAUAGAUGUGCUUUUUAGUAUGGGCUAAGCAUUCAGUACUUUUGUAAUGGUACCUCCUGGAGUUAACGGAGGUUUCGUCUGUUUGGUUUGGCAUAUGUUUGAACCUCAUACGCAUCCAGUCGCCUAAGAAGUGAGUGAUGUGCAUAUUUUAUUCGACUUGCUAGUGUUUCAGUUUAACACGCCCAAAUCUCUUACUGUGCUUCAUUGAGCUUCGGAUUGCUCUUUAAUUCCAAUGGCAGUGGAACAUCUCCACAAGAAUCUCAGAUCAAAGAGUUUAGUUGAAUUGAAGAUCAAAUGUAAGCCCACAUUGCUCCAUUCAACACAAUCGUGGCUUGUGAAUGUUGGUUUAGGCUGUGUGUGAUUUGGUUUUGUUCAUCGCAGGUUUGUUUUGAGUACAUUUGUUGGACCUUAUCGAAGUUGACUUGAUUUGGUGAUGAUAUGUAUCCUAGAUUGUUUUUGUUCUUUGGGCAGGAUCAUUUUGAUCAAGAAACGGCGCCUAUGAGUUGAGAGAUGAAUCAGUGGCAAGAGAAAAACGGAAGAGGAAAGAGGAUCAAUGGGAAGCUGACUAAAACAAAAGGGCCAGUGGAAGAUAAAGGGAAAAGAUCCAGGUAGCAAUGAGAGCUGGUACUAAUGUUAGAAUGAUGACUUGGGAGAGCAAGGUGUUUCUUGUACACACCAUAUCAUGAUAAGACCAAAGAACAAAGCGAGUUUCUCAUUGGAGGGGGUGAAAGUUGUGGAAAUGCUUGGCGAGUUGCAAAUCCGGAGUGAAACUUGCAAGAAGGUAAUUUGGCACAUAGCGGGUCUUUUUCAUCUUCAGAGGAGGAGCCGAACUCUUACGCCCUAUAAGCUUUAGUUUUAUCUUUUACUGAGUUGGUUGGUUCUUAGACUUAAUAAUACGUGUUUUUGCAUAUGCUUCUCUCUGCGUUCCAUAUACGUUGUUGACAUAUAUAGGAGUGCUUUUGUAAGAAAUUUCGAUGUUUUUGCAUAUGCUUCUCCCUGCUGUUCAUUUCAGACACUAGUCA